GCACUCUUGGUCUGGGCUGGGAUCCUUCUCAGGAUACCUUUAACUUCCCUAUUAAAAUCCCACGUGAGUUUGAUGUUAUCACUAAAAGAGUCAUACUUUCUCAUUCAUUUCGAAUUUACGAUCCCCUGGGUCUACUAAGCCCUUGUAUCAUUCAAGCUAAAAUGCUUUUACAAAAAUUAUGGCUACAGGGUAUUGGAUGGGACGAACCAGUCUCUUCCGAUAUCAAAGAGAAAUGGUGCGAAAUAUCCAGUAACUUACAUUUACUUGCAAACCUGCAAAUAUCGCGCAGGGUUCUGUGUGAUUCUCCAACAUUAAUAGAAUUACACACAUUUAGUGAUGCAUCUCAAGUCGCUUACGGUGCUUCUAUUUACUUACGAUCAAUUAGUAGUGACAACAAUAUUACUGUAAAAUUACUGUGCUCCAAGUCAAAGGUUGCACCUUUAAAGCCAUGCACAAUACCCCGCUUAGAGCUGUGCGCCGCACUUCUGGCCGCUCGGCUGUGUGUGAGUGUCCUUAAGUCUUUUAGAAUCACUCCUACUCGUAUUUUUCAUUGGUGCGACUCAAGUGUGGUGUUGGCAUGGAUUAGCAGUAAUCCCAACAAAUUAAAACAAUUUGUUGCUAACAGGGUAAGUGAAAUUCUAGAAUUGACUAAUCCCAGAUCUUGGCGCUAUGUUCCAACUAAGUGCAAUCCCGCUGAUUUAAUCUCUCGCGGUGUUAACGGUAGUCAACUUUUUAAUAUGGACUUGUGGUGGUUUGGUCCAACUUACUUAUCUCAAAAUGAGUCAAAUUGGCCACAGUUGACUAAUAAUACAAACAUCGAAAAUUUACCUGAAACCAAAGCACUACUUGUUUUUACAGUAGAAGACGCACUAAUUGAUUUUAAACGAUUUUCAACCUUUACAGCAGCACAAAGAGUGUUAGCUUUUCUUUUACGCUUUUUGCACAACUCAAAUCCCAAAAAUAAACACAACAAAUUUCAAUCAUUUUUGAAGCCCAAAGAAUAUGACAAUGCAUUUCAAUUAAUUUGUAAACUCAUACAACUUGAAAGUUUUAAAACAGAAUAUGAUAAGUUAAAGAGUAAAAAAACCGUUGAAUAGUAAAUCUAAUAUUUUAUCUUUGUCACCAUUUAUGGAUGAAAAUUCUCUAAUUAGAGUUGGUGGACGAAUCAAUUCAUCUAAUUAUUCAUUUGAAAAGAAGCACCCUAUAUUGCUUGGUUCUUCUCACUAUUUGACAAGAUUAUUGUUUGUGCGCGAACAUAUUAGAAAUUUCCAUGCUGGUCCUCAAUUGUUGCUAGCUACGCUCAGAGAAACUGUUUGGCCUAUUAAUGGCAGAAAACUUGCCAGGAGUGUCGUGAAGCAUUGUGAAACUUGCGCUCGUGUACGCGGUGAAACACUCUUACCUAAAAUGGGAGAUUUACCAACAAAUCGUAUAUCAGUAGACUUUCCAUUUAAAUCAGUUGGAGUCGACUAUGCUGGUCCUUUUUAUAUAAUGAACCGUAAAGGUCGAGGUGCAAAGUUAGUAAAAUGCUAUUUAUGUGUUUUUAUUUGUUUACGCUUUAAAUGCGUGCAUUUGGAGGCAGUUUCAGACCUUUCCAAGGAAUCAUAUAUAAUGACGUUUCGUAGAUUUGUUGCGCGUCGCGGCAAGCCAGCGGAAGUGUUUUCUGAUAAUGGCCGAAAUUUUGUGGCAGCUGCAAAAGAGUUAUCAAAUUUUUUAAAUCAACAAAAUAAAUCUCUAUCUGAGUUCGCCGCUCAAGAGGGAAUUAACUUUAAGUUUAUACCGGUUUACGCUCCGCAUUUUGGUGGAAUAUGGGAGGCCGGGGUUAAAUCCGCAAAAUAUCACAUUAAACGCGUAAUGGGUAAUACUCAUCUUACGUUCGAAGAGUUUAGUACAUUAAUGGCACAAGUGGAGGCAAUAUUAAAUAGCCGACCCCUUUGUCCUAUGUCCUCCUCACCAGAUGAUCUCCUUUCCUUGUCCCCUGGGCACUUUUUAAUAGGAAGACCUUUGAGCGCUCUGCCUGCCUCUUCACUAGAAGACCUCAAGGAGACUUCACUAAAUCGCUACGCCCGUCUAGAGCAAAUACGCCAGCAUUUUUGGAGACGAUGGCAACGAGAAUACAUUAGCGAAUUGCAGCAGAGGACUAAAUGGAAAACAUCUAAAGUAACACUCAACGUUGGAGAUUUAGUACUGAUUCAGGAGGAGAACAAUCCGCCACUCAAUUGGCGCAUGGGAAGAGUCACACAAUUAUUCCCUGGACCGGACGGUGUCUCCAGAGUUGCUGAAGUCUACACUACAAAGGGCUAUAUGCGUCGUCCUUUAGUUCGAUUGUGCCGUCUGCCUUCGUCUGACCAGCUACAGAGUUGAAGGAUUUGGAUCCUUCAACGGAGGGCAGGAUGUUUAGGCCUUAAAGCGCCUACAGUGAUUGUUACAGCAAUCACAUUUUCACUUGUGAUUGCUCCUAUAGUUUCUCCAUAAUUUUUAUUGACAAUAGUGGUGGUAUUUAUAAAAAACUUCUCUUCUGUUAAACCAGCGACGAACACGUGUCAGUUUGUACUUCCUAAAUGUAUAUCGAGAAUAAACGUCUGCAACUACAAUUCAGGAUAUUUUAAUUGAGAAAUUCAUCCA